AUGGCCUCAAUUGCACGCAGCAUGAGGGCAGUCCGCCCCUCCGCCCUCUCCCAACUCACAAAGGCCGCCCCCCGCGCCUUUUUCCCCCGUCCCGCGCAGCGCAGCUUCUCCACGACCCCCAGCAGCUUAAUACGCAAGUACACAAAGGAUCACGAGUGGAUUGACCUCAACGCCGACAAGAAGACGGGCGUCGUCGGCAUCUCCGAGUACGCCGCCGAGCAGCUGGGCGACGUCGUCUACGUCGAGCUGCCCGAGGAAGGCACCGAGGUCGCCCAGGGCGACGCCAUCGGCGCCGUCGAGUCCGUCAAGAGCGCCGCCGACAUCAACGCCCCCAUCAGCUGCAAGGUCACCCAGGUCAACCUCGGCCUCGAGGAGAAGCCCGGCACCAUCAACAAGGUGCCCGAGGACGACUCCCACGGCGGCGGCUGGAUCGCAAAGGUCGAGGUCGACGAGGCCGGCGUCCAGGAGCUCGAGGCCCUCAUGAGCGAGGAGGAGUACAAAGCCUUCACCGCUUCCGAGGACCACUAG